AGUUUUGGUGGUGGAAAGCUAUGUUUGUCUUUUUAUUUAUGUUCUAAUGAUUCCAUUUGCUUAGCUACCAGCUUUUGUAUUUUCAUCGCAUUUUAUUCUAGUUGUGCUUUUGUCAUUUUUUUCCACAAUGCCUCCGAAGAAAAGGGAAAAGCCAAACGAAAAGGAAUGUAGUACUGAUCAAAUCAAAUCAGAUCGGGAGUUAUUCUUACAAGCUUUUGAGAAGCCAACACAAAUUUACAGAUUCUUAGGAACCCGUCAAGUAAACUCACCAUUAUUUUUACCAAGAUGUCUAACAUACAUGAAACAUCGAAUGUCAAGAACACACUCUAAAAGAAAAACAUUUAAAGUAGAUGGGAUUUUGGAUAAAGUUACUGCUCAUGAAAAGGCCAUUGCAUCUGAUAGGCCAUCAGGUCAUUUAAUUAUCACAUUUACUGGCUUUUAUGACAAACAAAGUAAAGGUUCUGGAGACACUGUUUGCAUAGAAGCAAGGCUGUUAAAAAUUUGCCACAAAAAAAGGAAGGAUGUUGCUACACCGGUGAUGCAAAUAUAUGUUGGAACAUGUGAAGUUCAUAGGAAUCCUGAUGACAGUAAUCCUCCUGCCAAAGCUACUGCCAUUACAGUUCCAAAUGAGAAUUUUAAUCUAAGCAAUGGACAUCUAGUCAAGUCUUAUGUUCUCCUAUUGCAUGCUACUUGUCCAACUGGUAAAAUGAAAGUUAAUGGUCUUUGCAACGGUGACAUUGUUGACAUGUUGGAUGAACCAGCCCAGAAGAAAAGGAAAAGUCUGAAGAUGCAACCUGAGGAGACACCUCUUUAUGGAGCAGAGUUAGUUGUUUAUGAUAAGCACCAAAGAUGUCUUUUGACAGAUGGAGAAUAUCAAUUAGUAUUACAAGAACUAAGUCAAAGAAAUUCAGUUAAGAAGUUAUCAUCUUGGGAAACAUUCCCAGAAGGCAAAGAGAAGGUACAGAAUUCAAAUGUGACUUUACCACAAUAUGAGUCAAUAAAUCUCAUAGAUGUCUUUAGCAAAGGUCCUUUAGUCACUUUCCAUCUUCAAUGGAAGGAUAACUUAGUUAAUGGUACAGUGGACAGGCCACAGCUUUCAGCAAAAACAGAUGAUUUACUUGGUCCAAAUAAUUUACUAGUUUCAAAACAAGACAAGCAACUUCAAGAAAGACCGAAGAAAAUGCGCAUUUUCUAUCAGUUCCUGUACAACAAUAAUACUCGCCAGCAAACAGAAGCACGAGAUGACUUUCAGUGCCCUUGGUGUCGAGUUAAUUGCAUUGAGCUUUACUGCUUACUCAAGCACUUAAAACUUUGUCACAGUCGCUUUAUUUUCAACUAUGUUCCCCAUCCAAAAGGUGCUAGAAUUGAUGUAUCCAUAAAUGAAUCAUUUGAUGGAUCAUAUGUAGGAAAUCCUAACGAUUUGCAUUCAGCUGGUUUUGCUUUUAGUCGAACUGGACCUGCCCGAAGAAAUCCAGUCACCCAUGUUAUUGUUUGCCGACCAAAAAGGCCAGCUCCAAGUUUAUCUGAAUUCCUAGAGCCUGAUGAUAUUGAUGCUGAUGGUCCUCGUUCUUACAUUUCUGGCCAUAAUCGGCUGUAUUAUCAUACCAUCACGUGUUUAUCUGUAAGACCACAAGAAAUAGAAAUGGACAGUGAAUCUGAAAAUGAUCCUGAAUGGCUGAGAAUCAAAACUCAACAUAUGAUUGAUGAAUUUACUGAUGUUAAUGAAGGAGAGAAGGAAUUGAUGAAAAUGUGGAAUCUUCAUAUUAUGAAAUAUGGUUUUGUUGGAGAUUGCCAGAUUCCUUUGGCUUGUUCUAUGUUUAUUGAAGAGCAUGGUAAAACUAUUUUGACCCAAAGUUUGUACAGAAAUUUUCUUUUACAUUUGUGCAACCUAUUUGAUUAUGGACUAAUCAGUGCAUCUGUAGUGUAUCAUACGAUGCAUCAAUUGAAUGAAAUAAGAGAUGAAUUGGAUAGCAAACAUUGUCUACAAUGGUCAUCAUAGCAUUGUAAGUUAUUAGCCAUUGUACCAUAGUUCUUUCAAAUUGAAAAGAAAAAGACUUUUUUUUUUUGUAAUUUUUGAUCUCAAAUAUUCUAUUGCUUUAACGAAUUAUUUUAUCUUGAGUUAUUACAUCCAUUUUGAAAAUCUCAGGUUCGAUCACAAAUUGUUUAAGUAGGAAGAAAUUUAGCCUAAUGUCGUAAAGUGGUGUGCACUUUUGAUAUAAUAUAUGAAGUUAGAUAAAUAUUAAACAUGAUUUAUUGUUUCUUUUUACUCUCAGUUAAAAGAGUUUUGGCUUUGUAUGUGUAUGCUUAU